UCACGUGAGCAUGUAGGUGGUUGUUAAAAAAUUGGGCAGAGAAUUUUUCCCCUUAAAAUCCCAAUAGGAGCGUAGAUCAAGCGUAUUUCUAAGUACAAAUGCUUGCAGUAACAAUUCUGUUCUGAAGGAUUACAAAAGUGACCAAAAAAGUGACCAAAAAAAUGGCGCAAAACGGACCUUUGAAGAAUUCUCUUAAAAGACACAGUGCCGGUGUUACGUCAAAUACCGUUAAUUCUACACCCGGACUCAGUGGAGAGGUGAGUAGCGCUCUUCAGUCGCUGCCAAUAAUUCAACAAAGCCUCCAAGACAUACAGCACAGACUUAACGGUCUUGAAGAACUCCGCUCAGAAUUACAAAGCGUGAAAGAAAGUCUGAGAGAGGAUUUGUGGGGAACAGACGGCCUUGAACAAAAGAUUGAAUAUGUUGCUCAACAAGCAGAGGACACAGUGCAAAAUGUUGAAACUAUUCAUAAAGAAAACAAAAAUCUCCGUCGUGAGGUUGAUUUAUUAAAGGCAAUAGUCAUUAAGCUUGAUAGAAAAGUUAGCGAACAAGAUAGAGAAAUUAUUGACCUUAAAAGCCGCUCCAUGCGAGAUAAUAUACUAAUCCAUAGAUUCAAGGAAAGUUCCAAUGAGAACCUUAUGCUAGAUAUCCCAAGUGCCAUUAAGAAGGUUUAUGGUGUAGAUCUAAAGUUUGUCCGCAUACAUCGUAUUGGCCCACCCAGGCGCGGAUCGGUACCACGCACAAUAGUGGGGAAGUUAGAGCAUUAUGACAAAAAGGAGGAAAUUCUACAAAUUCAGAGGGAUUUCAGGCGUUCAUCAAAAGAAACUCCUUUCCAUAUAUCCGAACAAUUCCCGGCAGCCCUAGUGGAGGAGAGGAAACAUCUGUUUGAGCUCCAACGUAAAUACACGUCUCAAAACGUAGAAACGCGUGUAAGAGGAAACAAACUUGUUUUCAAAAACAACGGAAAUGUAUUCAGAGAAAAAGUACUCGUCCCCCGGGCUGAAGAUGUUCUACAGUGCGACGAUGAUGAAUUAGACAAGCUACAGGAAAUACCAGUAGUAACUUCAGAGGAAAAACGUGAGCGGGGGAGUAAAUUCGUGGCAAGCGGGACCCCCGUCAAAACCUAUGGUGAAGUACGCAAUUUUUACAAAAUGCUGUGCUCUCUGCCGAGGCAUGCACAAGCAUACCAUCGCAUUCUAGUGUACCGCUUCCGGGACAAGGAUGGUAAGGUGAUCGAUGGAUCGAUGGAUGAUGGGGAGUUUGGUGCGGGAAGGAAUCUACUAAAGCACUUUGAGGAACGCGGCCAUGAAAAUAUUGCGUGUGUCAUUACAAGAUGGUAUGGCGGUGAGCACCUUGGUGUUGCACGGUUUGGUCUAAUGAGGGAACUUGUAGAUCAAGUCGUAAAUGACAUCGAAAAAUAAUG